AGUGACGUCGGCGCGGCGGUUGACGUAGCGGCGGGGCCGGGGGUGGAGGCCUUGGCGGCGGGGCCGGAAAUGGUACAGUUGUUGUUGUGCAGCUGGAUGUUGCUGAAUAGCAUUUCUAUGAGCUUGCUGUUCAGUCUCUCUGUUGUUCAGCAUGGCGAAGAACCCUAAUUUUCAGGAAGCUGGCAACCUGCCUACAGGCUAUGUCCAUUGUAGAUCUUCAGACAGCUUUAGUGGUUACCAAUAUCACCAUCCCUCCAAGAUGAGUAACAGCCAUCCACUUCGUCCUUACACAGCUGUGGGUGAGAUUGACCAUGUUCACAUUCUGUCAGAGCACAUUGGUGCUCUAAUGAAUGGGGAAGAAUAUAGUGACGUUACCUUUAUUGUAGAGAAGAAACGUUUUCCAGCACACAGAGUGAUCCUGGCUGCUAGGUGCCAUUAUUUCAGAGCAUUAUUGUAUGGCGGCAUGAGAGAAUCUCAGCCUGAAGCAGAAAUUCCUCUUGAGGACACCACUGCAGAAGCAUUUACCAUGCUGUUAAAGUAUAUUUACACCGGUCGUGCUACACUACGAGAUGAGAAAGAGGAAGUUCUCUUAGACUUCCUAAGCCUAGCACAUAAAUAUGGAUUCCCAGAACUGGAGGAUUCCACAUCUGAAUAUCUUUGCACAAUACUUAAUAUUCAGAAUGUCUGUAUGACAUUUGAUGUUGCCAGUCUUUAUUCCCUUCCCAAACUAACUUGUAUGUGCUGUAUGUUCAUGGAUAGAAAUGCCCAAGAAGUGCUCUCCAGCGAAGGCUUCCUGUCACUUUCUAAGACUGCUCUUCUGAAUAUCGUACUGAGGGACUCAUUUGCAGCUCCUGAGAAAGACAUUUUCCAAGCCUUGAUGAAUUGGUGUAAACAUAACCCCAAGGAAAACCAUGCUGAAAUCAUGCAAGCAGUCCGUUUGCCACUAAUGAGUCUAACAGAAUUACUGAAUGUUGUGAGACCUUCUGGAUUAUUGUCACCUGAUGCCAUCCUAGAUGCCAUUAAGAUUCGCUCUGAGAGUCGGGACAUGGACCUCAACUAUAGGGGCAUGUUAAUACCAGGGGAAAAUAUUGCAACAAUGAAGUACGGAGCACAGGUUGUAAAAGGGGAGCUGAAGUCUGCUUUAUUAGAUGGAGAUACUCAGAACUAUGACUUGGAUCAUGGCUUCUCUCGACACCCGAUUGAUGACGACUGCCGUUCUGGAAUUGAAAUUAAACUAGGGCAGCCAUCAAUAAUCAACCACGUACGAAUCCUCCUGUGGGACAGAGAUAGUCGGUCUUACUCCUACUACAUUGAAGUGUCCAUGGAUGAGUUAGACUGGAUUCGGGUUAUUGAUCACUCUAAAUACCUCUGUCGGUCCUGGCAGAACCUGUAUUUUCCUGCCCGUGUCUGCAGGUAUAUUCGAAUUGUUGGGACUCACAACACAGUGAACAAAGUUUUCCAUAUUGUGGCAUUUGAAUGCAUGUUCACAAACAAAACCUUUACUCUUGAGAAAGGUCUGAUAGUUCCCACUGAAAAUGUUGCAACAAUUGCAGACUGUGCCAGUGUGAUUGAGGGUGUAAGUCGCAGUCGCAAUGCCUUGUUGAAUGGAGACACCAAAAACUAUGACUGGGAUUCUGGGUACACAUGCCAUCAGCUUGGCAGCGGAGCUAUUGUAGUGCAGCUAGCACAGCCCUACAUGAUUGGAUCAAUACGGUUGCUACUUUGGGACUGUGAUGAUCGGAGCUACAGCUACUACAUUGAGGUUUCAACGAAUCAGCAGCAGUGGACUAUGGUGGCCGAUCGCACAAAAAUUUCCUGCAGAUCCUGGCAAACAAUCACUUUUGAUAAACAGCCUGCAUCUUUUAUCAGAAUAGUUGGAACUCACAACACAGCUAAUGAGGUAUUUCACUGUGUGCAUUUUGAGUGCCCAGCACAAAACAGUAACCACAAAGAUGAGAGUAGUAAGGAAGUGGCAACAACAGACGCGGGGAACGGUGGACAACAGGUUGUUUCUCGGCCUGUUCGAGCUGCAAGCACUAGUUCCCUGCCUUCCCCUCCUGGAUCCACCUCACGUUCACAUGCCCACCAACCGUAAAGGAGACUGAAAGGAGACUUUUGCAGCCCCAUUGAAACUAUAUGAAGUUAUUCAGAACCAUCUUUUGCUGGCAUCUUUUCUUUCCUUUUCUCUGUGAACAAAGGGGACCAUGUCUGAAAGCUGGAAAUGCUGAAAUGGAAAAUGCUUUUCCCAAGGACAUGAAGAGACUGCUUCACUCUCCUCAAUUUGUUCAAAUCAGGCUGAUCUCCAAGGGGGGAGAAAAUAGGUCUUCAAUCUUCAUAAAGUACCCCAUUAACACCCUACCUCUUUAAUCUAACCAAGGCGAGGAGAACAGAAGGAAAUAAAAGGCAGAGCUACAGUGGAAAUGUAAAAUUACUUGAGCAGAAUGGAAGGCAUAUGAAAUAAGUAUUUGUUUCUUGAAGGCUUCCAUUAGCAAAAAAAAUGUUUAUGGAGCACAUCAAUCCAGAAUAUAUGUUCUUUUUAAAUGUUAUUCUUCAUUCAUAUUCCUUUGUAACUAGUAAUCUGCCUUCUAAAUUGUUUUGACUCUGUAUUCCACUUUGUCUCUUAUUUUUGGCUAUAGCAAAUGCUGUGCAGUAGAUUAAGGAAGUAUCAAACAUGUUUACCUGCUGAGAAGCAAAUUCCCUGUUCAUCAGCGGGGUGACAGGAAAAGCUUUCAUGAUACCAACAAACUAAUUAAUGGAUGCUAAUUAAUGGAUGCUAUCUUAAUCUUGACCUUAGUUGACUUUUCAAAGUACAAAAUUGCAUUUCUUACACUCAAAAAGGAAAUUCCUAAAUCAAGCAUCUGUCAUGAAGAAAAACAGUUUUUCACUCCUGAAGAUUGUUAUUUUUACCAAUAUUUCUAAAAAAAAUUGCAACAGAUCAUCAAAAACAGUUGAUUUAGAAAAGUGAAACUUCACCUGGUCACUGACAAGCAGUUGUUUAGGAUACCAAAAAAAAAGAAUUUGCAGAUACUUAAUUUUUUCCAAGAAAAAAAUAUUUUGCAGUCUAGAGCUAAAAUUUAAAGGUUGUGUGUGCAUAAACUUUUCUCAUAAACUUCAUAUGAUGCUUUUCCACUGUACUGUAAAAGAUCUGGCUCUUACUUUACAAUCAUAGAAUUUGUUAUCCACCUGUGUCUGUCUGGAUUACUUUGCCUGCUACUUUGCUUAUUCUGAGUGUUUCCACACUGAUGAUGGUGCAGUCUCUUACUCUUCAGAUCUACAUGACUUUUAGAAAGAGCUCUUUGUCUUUCAGUAAGAGAUAAAGUGAUUUUAUAUUAAGACAAACGCAGAUGUAAUUGGCAAAAUUGAUUAGGAGGUUUAUUACCCCUCACAAAGUAUAUUAUAUUGGAAAUGUCAGCUAUCCAGUUUUAUGAACUUGGUAUUUCCUGUGGUGACAAAUAGCCUUGUCAGAAGAAAACAAAGCUAGUGUAGAAUAAAUAUGGCUUUUCUUUGCAUAACCAUAGUGAUAAAAUGAGUUAUAUCAACAUAGCAAAUAGUAUGUUAAUUUAUCACAAUACUUAAUUUGAAAGAAUUUCCCUGUUGGAUACUGGUUGUGCUAGAAACAAGAAGAAAUAUAACAAGUGGUAGCAAUGAAUCAGUAGAAACUUCGAAGGAGAAAAGCUUCCUUUUUCUUGUUUCAAAUAAAAUUGAUUAGAUUUUAUCAACAAUGCUAUAGUAUUUUUCAUUGCUAAAUUGCAGUGGAGUUCUGACAUUUGCCUACAGCCUCUUCCCUUCCCACUGCUGCCUUCUGACUUGUGUCUGUCAGUGCAGAUGCAUUGUAUACAGUUUAUAAUAUGUGCCACAGCUGCCUCAGACAGCAGGAUACUGAGAGACAGGAUACUGCUGGUGCUGGCCAGCACCUAGUCUGGGGUGCUGGUUACCUUAUAGCUUAACAACCUUGGAGCAUGAAAGAAUUGAGACCAGCUACUGGGGACAUAACUAUCUUGUUGAAGUGUAGGUCCAACAAGUUGUGGGGUUAGUUAAAACCAGAAAACUUUUCUAUUCUAUAAUCCAGCUGGAACCACUGAGAUGCAUGGAGCAUGUCUUGUCUUUGGUAGUUAAGUCCUUCCAUGUUAGUGCUGGUAUUUCUUUGCAGUUUGAUCAAACAAGUUAGCUUUUCUCAAGCUGUGGCUAAGCAAAGGGCAUAACUUCCUAGCUGUGAGUCUUUAGUAGUCACCAUUGUAGAGAUUGUUUAAAUUUUUUUUUAAAGUUUCUGUCAGCUGUUCUGAGUCUAGGCUCUUGGAGAAAGAACAGGAUUUUCAGUUUGUAAUCUUUGAUAUGCACAGUUAAUUUUUAUGAUAUAAAUAAGUCUUGUAGACUAAAAGCCAUUUUUAAUCUUUUUUAUCUUGUCCUGUGACUCACUGCUGAACAGAAAUGUCUAUUUAUUUCCCAUGACAUUCACUCUCUGCCAAUAAUCUGAACGAAGAGAUCUGAGAGAUUCCCAAGCAAAAACUCAGGUCUGAUAGACCCUCCAGUUCCCCCCUCCAAAAAAUCAGUCAAAACAAAAAACAACAUUGCAUUGUCCCUUCAUAUGGAUCAAUAGAAAUUGUUAGUAUUAGACUGAUUCUCAGUCACACAUGGCCUUUCUCACAGUCUUUAUUUUCUAAUGUUAGAGUUACUCUUUGAACCUGUCACUGAGGCAAGUCCAGUGUGAUCACAGAGCUCCCAGGCUUUUCAGACAAGCCUUGGCACAGCUUCACAUUUUCCAGUGGGAAUCCUUUGCCUUUUUAUUCUAAGAAAUAAUGUUGAAAUGUUUAAGGGGCCUUAACUCUGCUUGGUCUUCUAACACUACCAGCCAACAAACACAUCUAGUAUCUGUAUUGCUUAGUGUAGGUCUCUGUCUUAAACAUUGUGUCAGCAACAUAUUACUAGAGACAAAGGAACAAGCCACACAGAACUGAUUUGUGGUUUGAUGUCAAUAUUCUGUCUAAUUAUUGUCUGUCUAAUUUAUUGACUUCAAACUGCAGGUGUAGUUCUCAGUAUAUUAUUCUGAAAUAUUUGUUUUCUUCUUUUCUUUUUUCUCUUUCAGUGAAAUUGUGCUUUUACAGCUUAUUUCAUUGCUUUGAUAAACCCUGAUACUACUAUAAUUAUUCACAGCUGUGUUAGAUUUCUACAUAAUGGAACUAACUGUGUUGUCACUAUUGAGCCGUUAUUUCUAUUUAGUACUUUGGUAUCUUUAAGUUCCCUAGGCCUCGUUUUCUUAGUUUUUCUUCCACAAGUUGAAUUCAGACAUAGACUAAACUCAUAUGGCACUCAACAAACCUCUUUCUAAAGUCUCUUUAAUUAAUUAACUUAUUCUAAAUGCAUUUAGAAUAUUUUUAUUCACACAAAUGUAUGGUCAAAUAUCAACUCCUUAAAACUGAUUUUUCAGGGAAAAUUAAUUUCUGAAGUGAGCAAAAAUUGUGCAACUCUGUUUUCAAGCCAUUGCCAGUCAGCUCUAAAACAAGCUCAAAUGACAUGAAAUUACAAUGAGAGAAGUUAAUCUAAGUCUAAUGUUAAAGACAAUACAGAGGAGCAAUCACCAAUUUUGUUAGAGAAAGAACUGUUCUUCAUUGUAGUUUUCUUCCUUUAGAGCUCCAUUUCUUUCUUCUUUUCCUCAUGAAAAUUGUUUUUUCUUGGUUUUUAUGACAACUCAUGAAAGAGCUCAGGGCUUCUCAGCAUUGCUGAAAAAUUCAAAUCAGUUUAAUGCAUCUCCAUCUUUUCUAAUGCUAACAUUAAAUUAGAGAAUUUUUAGAUUAGUAUCUGACUUGAUGAGAGUUGGUUUCCAUGCAAGAAAGCAGAAGAUGUUUAUAAUUGUUCCACUUCAAGUAAAUUAAGUUUCCAGCCAACUGCAUGUGAGCAUCUACUCAUUUUUCAGUGAUGUUUUGUGCAGCUAGAGUCAGUGUGAAAAUUAGAGGACAAAGUUAAUGCCAUCCUUGUCUGAUACAUGCAUGUUAGUAGCUCUGGUUCUGCAGUGAUGCCCACUCAGAGAAACUCAAUAAGGAAUUAGAUGGGUUUUCACAGAAAGUAGACAUGCUGCCGUACAUUGCAGUUCUCUAUGAAAGUAUUAAUUGGCUUAUAUUUUGACAUGUGUUAAUAUACUGUCAAAUGGACUAGUGAAUGCAUUGGUAAUUGUGUUGUUGUGGCUGGAGUAGUCAGCAAAUAGUCAGAGCCAGUAAAAGUUAAUGUACUGAAAAGUAAAUGUUAAUGUCAUGAUGUCACUUGCCAUAGGAAGUACUAAACUAUGCUUCAGAAAUAAUUUGUAGAUCCCAGAGCAUGCCCAAGGCCUGGCUGCCAUCCCCAUCUCUCAGUUAUGGUGUAUUUAGAUUAGAAUCCUUAGUUCUGUCUGAACUUGUUGUUGUUGGUUGUACUUGUUCAAUCAUAUAUAUAUACACAAGCUUCACAAAGCUUUGUUGUGUUCUGGAUACAGAAAUGAAAGUCCUGGGUCAAGUUUUAGGAGUACCUAAAUAUUCUCAUGUAUAUAUAUAUACACACAUAUAUAUGUGUGUGUGUGUCUGUGUGUGUGUAUAUAUAUAUAUGUUAAAUUAAGCUAAUAGCUAAUUAUUUAGCUGGAAUUUAGAACAGUUUCUAAAGAUCCAAAGCUAAAAAAAAAAAUAAUAAUUCUGUGCAGGUGUGUGUGGGAAGCUCCCGUUGCAUAUGGCUAUGGCAGGAAGCUGAUGCUGUAGUUGCUUCAAAAGUGCAAGUGUCUAAACAAGGUGUGGGUGAGCAGAUCCAAAGCUGGCUUUUGCCCAGCUGUCAAGUGUUGGCAAUUUGGCUGUAGUGAGGUGUGUAAAACAGAACACUCAUCUCUGGCAGGAGUGCAGUCCAGAGAACACACCUGAAUUCCUUCUUGUGUGCAGGGCUUGCAGCGUCUGCAGAGUGAGACUCCUAAGACUUUUGUUAACUGCUCAAAAAAACCCUGCAGACUGUUCUUGGGCCCUUCAAAAGUUUUUAUUGCAAAGCUUUGGCUGAGGUGAUGUCAAAGUCCCACCCAUAUUCCAUGAUAGAAUCUGGGUCUGUGUUUAAUGAGUCUGAAAAUGCUUACUAGAGAAAUGGUUUUAAAGUCACCCUGCAACUUUUCUUAGAUAAAGAAAGCCCAAAUUAAAAACUGUUAAGUGUAAUACAAGGAAACUGCACAUAUCUGUGAUUGACCAAUAGACUGACUGCCAGUACAACCACAUACCAGUUUUAUGAUACUGCAUGCGUUUAAUUACUAUGAUAUGUACAAAUGGUGGAAGGAAGUGAAGAAUCAGCUCCUUGGCAUUAGAUGUUAUCACCCAGCCAGACUUCAAAGAAUUACUUCUUUUCCCAUUCCUUCCACCCUAAUAGAAUAAUACAGCUUAGCAUUCUAUAAUAAUAAUAAUAAUAAUAAUAAUAAUUGAUUCAUUACAUAAAUGUAAUGGGAAGUGAAGUUUGGAUUACUUAGGCUAAAGAUCUCACACUGCACAAGUAUAAACACCUCUCAGGUACCUCCUGCUAUCGUAGGCCUGGGCUGUUAAAGAGGAGGAGAGCUGCAUUGUUGGUGCAGUCCAAGUACUUUUCCUCACUGUAACUUUUACUCAUCUAUUUUGUGUUUAUCAUCUUGGCACAUCUAUUAUCUUUGUGCAGAUACUCAUCCCUCGGUUAAAAGAAGGUAACCUAGUUUCUCAUUAUUUUUAGAAUUAUCCAGUGACUCUUGAAAACUGGGAGAUACACAUCAACAGCCUCAGUCUAAAUUAUGCAGUCUGAUACAAAACUGACCUCUGCUGUCUCUUAGAGCAAAUUCUGUGUGUCCAAAUGCCAGAUGACUCCUGAAAUACCAAGUUGGGCAGUAUUAGUGUUCCGAUGAGGGUUUCUGCACCUAAAACUAUGUGCCAUGUAAUCCAAGCGAAUAGCAGCUAUCACAGCUUCUUUCUGUACUGGAAGCAGAGAACUUGCACACCUACCAGGAAUUACUCAUUUCCUUCAUAUAAUUUUUGGUCUACAUCACCUGUCUGUUUUCUCCAUGCUCCUGAACCACAGCCACUAGGUGAUUUAUGGCCAAAACCUAGAAUCCAGUAAAUAUGUUUAUCAAUAGGUAAGUGUUUAACAAUAGAUGUUAAGAACUUUUUGUCUUUACAUAAAAAAAUUAGAUUAUGCUUUUGAGACACGGUUAGGCCACAGAAUUGUUUUUUUGACAUCUUCUGUAUCUGUUAGAAUAACAGUUAUUUUCAGCUCCUAAAAGACAGUAGUACCUUCACAGGAAUUUCUCAGAGAUUUGUCACACUGCAAAACAGCUUUUGAAAGAGUUGUGGCAGGUUCAUUGCUGAAGAACAGGUGCAGUUUCUUCUGCUUUCUGUAGUCCAGGAUUCUGUUUGGGUCAUUCCUGUAAGUUUGUCGGUGCCAUUUUUAAUAACAGGGACAACAGUGUUGCAUGAUUUGGAUGUCACUUACUGAUCUUGAGAGGCAACUACUUUGAGGAAACGUUUUUAUGCAAUAAUACAAGGUUUGUGGGACUUAGAUGAUUAGAUCAGAAGCAGAUCACUUCCAGUGAGAGCUGUGUUUGCAAGAAGGAGUUUGGGGGAAAGACUGGUAUGGACUUACAUGUGUGUAUCUGUGCAUAUAUAGCUAAGAAAAUGAUUGUGUUACCUAAGUUCAAGUGAGUAUUUGCAAAGAUGUAUUUCUACAUGGUCUUCUUUAUUAUUAUUUAGGGAAUUUCACAUCUGAAUGUGAGUGGAAAAAAAAAAAAGAAAAAAGGAAGAGAACAUAGGGAGGAAGACUUCAGUAGAUUUUUUUAUGGGAAGAGCAACAUGAAGAUACGAUACUUGUGGUCUGAGCUAGUCUCCACUCCUCACAGCUCUACUUUUUCCUGCAUGCUUCCCCCAAUCUGCUUUUUAGUCCUUUUUUCCUCCCCACCCAGCAUCAUAUCGCUGUUUCUGUGAUGUUCCCUGGAACUUUCAUCCAAAUUGUGAUAUAUUAAGGAUUUUUUAAAUCGUAUUUAUUUUUACCUCUUUGUCAUAUGCUGAAUAAAAAUAUCCUAGUUCCAGUUCAUUCACAUCAAACUUUAAAGGCAACUGCCACUUGGUCAUCAAGCACUAGUGAGGAAAAUUUACGUUUGGAACUCUAUGGACAUGGGAAAUACUAGCCCUUUUGGAGCUUAUACUUCCACGAUCUGUUUAAACUCCUUUUCAUGUAAGAGAAAAAUCAGGAAGAGGUUUUUGGUUGACUUAAGUAGUAGGUCAGGCUUCGAGCAGGUUUAUCUAAGUUAAGUUUAAAUAUAACUUUUAAGUAUUUCUCUGUCACCAUGAUGCACCGCAUACAUGCUCAGUUUGUUAUUUGUGCAUUGUUCAUUGUGUUGUACAUAAGUGUUGUUUUCUAAAUAAACUGUAUCAUCAAACGUGAA